CUUCCUCCCUGCAUCCCUCCAUCCUUCCUCCCCCUCCUCCCUGCAUCACUCCCCCUCAGCAUCCUCCUUCCUGCAUCCCUCCUUCCUGCAUCCCUCCUUCCUGCAUCUCUCCUUCCUGCAUCCCUCCCUCUGCCAUCCCUCCCUCCCGCAUCCCUCCCUUCAUCCCUCCCUCUGCCUGUGAGGAGCUGCGGACAUGGCUCUUAGCAAUUUCCUCUUUGCUCAGUGCAUCUGCUACUUCCUGGCCUUCCUCUUCAGCUUCAUCGUGGUGGUGCCGCUGUCUGAGAAUGGCAAUGACUUCCACGGCCGAUGCCUGCUCUUCACCGAGGGCAUGUGGCUCAAUGCCAACCUCACCGUGGAGCGGCAGCGCUUCACCGUGCAGGAGUGGGGGCCUGAGGCUGCCUGCCGCUUCAGCAUCUUCACCGGGCUCCUCUCUCUGCUGCUGGCUACAGUGCAGGCCUGGCGGACCCUCUUCUUCCUCUGCAAAGGGCAUGAGGACUCUUUCUUUUAUGCCUUCCUGAAUCUGCUGAUCAGCGCCUUUGUGGUGUUUAUCACAUUUAUUGCUAGCACUAUAGUGAGCGUAGGAUUUAACAUGUGGUGUGAUGCAAUUACUGAAAAAGGAAGCAUGCCAAAUAGCUGCGAAGAAUUACAAGAUAUUGAUCUUGAACUGAACUUAGAAAACUCUGCUUUCUAUGACCAGUUUGCUAUUGCACAGUUUGGUCUGUGGGCUGCCUGGCUGACUUGGCUGGGAAUCACCAUUCUGGCUUUCCUGAAAGUGUAUCACAACUACAGACAAGAGGACCUGCUAGAUAGCCUGAUCCAUGAGAAGGAGUUGUUGUUAGGAAGAUCCUCUUCACGAACCUGUUUGCAGGAUGACAAAAGUGCCAUGAUCUAAAGUGUAAGCAAAUUUCCAGGGCAGGAUCCAGAAUUUAUUAUUCAGUAGUGCAAGAUGAUGUUGAGUCAGAGUAUUGAGUGUGUGAGAUCUUUUCUUUUCUGAAAAAAGAUAUACUUGUCAAUCACUUACUUCCUCACUGAAAAAUUCUUGGCAGAAGUAUUUAUGUUAGGAUAUAGACAACAAACUGCCACGUGUGCCUUUGGCGCAGCAAAAUUUCUGUCCUGCACAGACGUGGAGCAGCACAGCCUGUAAUCUGCUGUUGUUAGCAGUGCUCCUGUAUGCUAUUGCUGCCUUUUGGAUUGCUGUCCAUUUUUGAGGACCAUGCUGGCAAGAGCAGGCUACAGAGUCUGGGCUAUUCCUCCAAACUGUUCUGCAACAACAACUAUAACUGGAGCUGUGACAAGGCCCUCUUCUCUCCAUCUCUUCCCCUUUGACAGUAAAUCUGCCCCAUUCUCACUUUGUUCUGAGCGAUUGCAGCUCUGGUCCAGGUACAGGCUCUUGCUGUCUCUGUUUUUGCUAUGUGUGGACAACGUGCUGUUGCUCCUGCUCUGAUUUUGAAUUUGUUUAGAACAUAAGACCUAUGUUCCAGAUGAUAUUUAUUAUUAGAUGGUGUUAAUGAAUUUCAUGAAUCCACAAUAUUAUUACUGUCUGUUAAAAGCUGUGUGUCAUUUCAAGGGAUGAUGGUGGUGAUGGGUUGACUUAGUGUCUAAGUUGGACUUAGUGAUCUUAGAGGGUUUUUCCAACCUUAAUGAUUUUAAGAAUGUUUGUGUUUUUGUUUCUUCUUAGAUUUUGGCAUGACCAUCAUUUAUUACGGCUUCUUGAAGCGUAGUUUAGCUAGCAAUUUCUGAAGCUUGCAUACUAAGAAAUUAAACUGAGUUCAUAGGAUUAAUGCUUGUGCAUUGGUAAAUGUAACUUGGUCCCUAAUAUUGUAUGCUAUUCAGUUCUAAGUAUUAGAGCUUACUUGUGAUAUUUAUUUCAUAUAAAGUACGCAAAAUUACUGUAAGCAUUUGCAUUGUAGGUAUCUCUGUGUAUCUAUCAACAUAGCAAGGAGCAUGAACAGCUGAGUUAUUCCAUAGGUAGCUCUGUGCUGAAUGGGCCUGUUCCCCAUUCCCAGGCAGGAGUUACAGGGCUGACAAAUUUUGCUGUGAUAAGGGAGAACUGUUACUUUCACAAAGCUCACUCGUGAUCCUGUUGUUGCUUUCAGUUUUGUUUGGCCAGCACGUUAACGAAUGAGGUGGAUGAAAAGUAGGUCCAAUAAUUAAGCAGAAUGACUCAGAUGAAUGUGAGAUUUGCAUGGCAGAGAAAUAAAGUUGUGCUAAAAUUAGGCAGCUAUCCACAUGUGCACAAUGCAGAGAAAACUCUCAUUCAGCAAAAAACUUCAACAAGAAGUUAUGUUUCUAAGAGUAUCCUGACACUUCCUGUGGCAGCUGAGCUUGAGUUGACACUGAAUUUAUUGCAACACAGGUGCAGAUCAUGUCUAUCCAUACUGCCUGGCAAAUAGGCCUAGGGAGAAGACAACAGGCUGCUACCAUUUGCUGUGGUCUUGUGGGACUGUCUGGUACUUAAAGUUAAGUACCUGUUUAAGUGGCUGAAACAGAAUUUCAUAACAAUGUCAUAACAAAUCCUGUUAUUUGUAAGGAUUUUAGGGCAUAAAAUCUAACAGUAUGUUUAACAAGCAAAUUGUUCUCAUAGGUUUAGGGAAAAAAGCAAACAGCCACAGGGUGUGAAGCAGUGAUCUGGCCCUGUGAAUGUCACUUAUAUACCUAGCUGGCCACAGCUAUCUGUAGUGAAAUCUUGUUUUUCAGUGUGAUCUGAGCUCAAAUUAACUAAUACCAAUUUAAAAUUCAAAGACCAAGACUAUUGGAGGCUUUUUCCUCAGUUUGUCUGUUGCAGAAAUGCUAAGUCGUGAUGCGAAGCAGUGAUUGAGCACUGGUGGAAGGCAGGGCCAACGCAGGGGAGCUCAGGUGCAUGCAAUGAACCUGAGUGACCAGAAGGGAUGGAGCCAGGAACCACCCCCUCCCAGACCUCAUUUAAGGGUUGGCAGUGGAGGGAAGGGUAUCUUGUUGGAGAUUCCUCUAUGCCUGAAGUUUUCCAAAGGUAAGCAGUUUCUUUGGCUGUUGCAUUUGGUCAAAUCCUCAUUUGCUUCAGUAUGGGGGUCUUGCUGUUCUGCUGUCAUUGCUGCACUUCCACUGUGUUUUGUGGUCUAAUCAGAGAGAGAUUCUGGUAGUUACCUUUGUUGGACUAGGGCCUCACCUUGAAAAAGUGUUUGGGAUGUGAAGGCCACUCUGUGUCCCAGUUGCUUCUUUGACUGUAGAAGGCACUACUUCUCUUUCUAAUAUCUCUCUGAAUAUGAGAUUUGCCAUUGAUGUCUGCUUCCGCAAAAUGCAUCAGUGCAUGCCCAACCCCUUGCUUAGGACAGUGUUGCUACUUCAUAUAAUUUCUGUAUGUGCCAAAUCAUACUUUGGCUGAAGCAAUAUGAGUUGGGCCACAGUUUCCUGUUUUGCCUGUGAGUCUGGAGAAGUGGAGAACAGAAGACAGCGACUGCUUCCUCCUUAUUCCUCCUGAAGCACCAAGACCUGGUUGCUCUCCCUGAGAAGAAAGAUGCUGCUUUCUCUUCAGUGAAGUUGCCCAGAGUUAUUGCUCUCUUUUCCUUUGUGUCUUUUCCUCUUUUCUACUUCCAUGAGAAGCAGUAGAUACUGAGGCUAGAAUUUCUACUUUUGAUGGUUUUUGUGAUUAAUGUUUGUACUGGCAUUUAUCACUUUGGCACUAUCUCACCAACAUGAUCUUCAUUGUUAUGUAACUUUGAACAUCUGGGACAGCUGCAAUUCUACCACCAAGGAAAAGUCAGUAGGAAAGAAAAAAUUCUGGAAGUUCCAACAAGAGUCACCUGUGAACUCUGUCAUAAAAGUUCAACCUCCUAUAUUUCAUUCACCUGGGUGAAUUCUUCUACCCUUACUUCCAUUUCAGUGCCCACGUGUGUGAGCAUCUUGGUUGCUAGGGUUUGCUGGUAAACUAAAAAGAGACUUUGAGCCUCAUGUGCCAUCGGUUUCAUGUGACUGGGUAGAGUGAGGCUAGCACCCACUUUGUGAGCAUCAGUGAUGCUCACAAAUCAGGGACAUGGUUUAGUAGGAGCUAUUGGGAAUAGGUGAAUGGUUGGACUGGGUGAUCUUUUAGGUCUUUUCCAACCUUAGUGAUUCUAUGAUUCUAUGAUUAUAUUGGUAAAGCUGGUGUUGAAGGAAGCCCCUGGGCUGGUGAUCAGCUCUUCCUCUGAGCCAAAGGGCGGAAGGGUGCAGUUAUUGGACCUGCUUUAGCUUUUUUGAUUGCAUUUAGCUUUCUGCAAUCUCUUCUCUGAAACCUUAGACACUCAGGCCAUCAACUGAAAAUGUGUUAGAAUAUCGACAUUAUUUACAUCUUCUUAUCUACAUAUAAAAGACCUCUUUCACCCACACCUCUCUCAUACCAUUCUAACCCCUGCUUUUAGUCCUUUAUAGUCAAACUGUCCAUUUAGCUGUAGUAGGAUUUUGUAUUAAUCAAAUGUUGCCUUUCUGUAGUAUUUCAGUGCUUUCUCUAUUUUGCCUUUCUCUAUUUUGCUAUCCAAAAGUAGGUGUCUGGGAACACUCCACCAAGAGGUGUAUUUAAAGAACUAGGUCUUUGCAUGGUAUUUAUAUUUAUUAUCAUGUGAUGGAAGAGGGGGGAAAAAAAACUUUGUGACAUUUACUUGUGCAGCCCACCUGUUGCUGCCCAUAGCGAAGCUGGGGUGUUUGUGUACUGCUGUAGUUUACUUGCUGUGUUCCCUAUGAUGAUAAAGCUAUAGUCAGAGAGUCUUCAUUUCAACUUGUUUAAAUUGCUAGUAAGAAAGAGUGAACCUUAGAUAAUGAAAGACAAAUGGAUACUGCUUCUGAGACACUGGAGUGCUGUCAAAUAAUUAUUCUAUUAUGUUGAAUAUGUUCUCCAAGUUCUGGCUACCAUCUGUGGUAAAGUUCCCUGCCAGUGGUGCAUGUUGGGUUAGAAAAAUCUGGUCGACAUCAUGUUGGCUGAGCUUUUAGCUCAAUCCUCAUUAUUAUUAUAUAAUGAGGAAACAACUGAGGCUAACUUUUGGAAUAGGGCACAAAUGCUCACAACGUCCUGUCCUGCUGAUUCAUGAGGAAUCUUUCAGCUGUGAACUUUCAGUAGAAAUCACAAAGAUAAGAGCCUGAUGACUUACUUCAAGAACUGAAGGAUGUGUGUGCCGUGGCAGUGUUUCUAUGGUCCCUUAUAAAAAUGGUUAUUGUAAUAAGUGGUGAUGGAUGCUUGAAUAGAUAGAUCUUGUUUAGGAAGCAUUCAGUGUCAGGGAAAUAGUGUAUGUACAAUGUACACAGACAAAUGACACAAACAAUUCCAUUGCUCUACUGUGAUAUGAGCAUGUGCAGCUUGGUUUGGGGUAGUUGUUAAAUUGCUUUAACUUUUGACACUGCCUUUUUCUUACUAGUAUUGGAGUCUGUGUAAUAACACUCAGGUUAUGAUAUCUGUGUGUGAAUAGGAUGUGAGCGGAGUGGCCAGUGCACAACCUGAAAUGUGUGAAAUGUGUUUCUAAUAGGGGUUUUGAGAGAUGUUUUAACUCCUCCCCAGUCUCUGGGUUAUGUCCUGAUGUUAUAGUGUAUUAGUUCUGGUAAGAACAAAGUCAGAUUUCCUUUCAAGACCAUCCCUCCCUAUGUAAAAUGCUGCUGAUUUAAUAUAGGUGGUAUUUAGGAUGGGAGUAGAGCUACAGAGGAAAAAGAGCACACAUUGUAUGAUUUUCAGUGCUUUAGCAAAAGACCAUUUUACCCAAGGAUCAGGAAUUUUGCACCAUGGGCUCCUGGAAGAACUGGUGACUUGGCAUGGAUGUAGCUCUGUUGUUAAUUCCUUUGCGUUUUAAGUACAAACAUGUAGACAGCAAACAGAACAUAUCCUGAGAGGAGUCUCACCUCUUUUGCCAUAGGUAAUUCUGAAAUACAGCACUGGCUUAAAACAGCCAGAAUGUUUUUUGGAACCAGUCAUUCUCUUUGGAAGAUAAGAUCAGAUGACAAAAAUGAAGACAUAUUUCAGAUACAGUUAUGUAGAAGUAGGAAUCUAGAUAGGAAAAUUAAUCUGGAAACACAUUUUCUUCACCAAAGAAGCUCAAGCAGGUCUUUGCUUUAGUGUGUUGCUUCCAGUGUGAAUAGUCGGUGAAAAUGUCCUUGGCUGUGUUCUUUGCUGAAAUAGAGGGCUAUACUGGACAAGCUAACUUGUGUUCUGAGUUCUUGGGGGUACAGUGACUUGCACGUGAAAUGCAAAACAAACUGAGGGAGGGCACCCAGGAUUCCCUUGUACACAUGAAGGCAUUCAACAGUAAGAUAUGAAGCCAUGCUUCACCUUCGUUUGUCCUCCAGAAUCUUUUAGUAUUUGUCAUAUAUUAAUCCAAACUGUGUCUUCACCUUAUGUAUCUUAGUCCUUAGGUUGGUGGCUGGAGGCUUCCGUAGAGAAGUAGAAGUAUGAGUACAUGUCUCUUCAGCCUGAUGUAGAUAUAGAAUCUGGGGUCCCCUUAGGGAAGCAUGAGCCAUGGGCCAUCAUUUAAUCUUUAUGCUGGAGGCAGGGUUUCUGCACAGUGUCAAAUACAUAUCCAUCUCUGUGAUGGGUCUUAGAAAAUGAAGUAUAAAAUGUGCAGACUCAGAGCUGAUGUCUCCUGCACAAUAUUCAGCACAAGGCAGCCCAUACAAACCAGGUGUUGGUGAAUGUGGCUUUCAUUAUCCCCAUUCUCUGAAGAUCUCACCUCAAACAUAUUGUAUGUAAAGUCACUUCUGUUGUUUGAAAUCUAAAUUCUACAGAAGUCUAACAGUCAUUUGCUGGUCAAAUUCAUAGUUUUUUGUGACAAACCGAUCUGGAUUUUGAUAAAACUUUUGUCUUUUUUUCUCUGAAUCAGUGGCCUGGGUGUGUACAUCCUUGAGCUAAUGGGAAUUAUCUGUAUACAGAUCCUAAAUUUGCAUCUUAGACCAUUUCCCUUACUGAUUAAAGUAGUGAUUUUUAUCUCUAUGGAAUGUUUUCUUUGGAGAUAAGAAACAUUCUAUCCUUGAGCUUAGGGAAUCAUGGAGAAUAAUGUUUUUACACACCUACAUUAAACAAGAAAAUGCUCACAUAGCUUCAUGAGUACUGGAAUGGUAUUAGAAUUAUUUCUGUUUAUUGUUGUCAUCCCGUGAAGUAUACACUUGUAUCUUUGUUCUUUACAACGAACAGAUAUAAACCUAAGAGUUCUUCUUUUUUUUUUUUUUUUUUUUU